GAGGGGUGGGACUUCCUAUUUUAUCUCCCAGUGACUUCCGGCGAGAGGUGAUGGACUGUAAACAAGACGGAACACGGGGCCGCCAGCCACUCGGGGCAAAAAGAAGGCAUUCGACUUGAGUUUCAGUUAACUAGGUCCCAGACACUGUCUUCUGGGGGCGGCGUGCGGCGCUCCAUCCACAACGGAAUCAUCCUGGGAACCGCCGGAAGUCGCUCAACGGAGAGGCAGGAAGUCCCACCCUUUCCUCCCAAAGGGAAGACGGUGAGCCGGAGGAGUCAGUCAGAGGGGCUAGCAGGAGCGAUUCUGUCGGCAAACAGGUUAUGAGUGCCAAGUGAGCCACCUUUGACCCAGGAAACACCAUCAGCACUGUUAAUGAUGAAUUCUGAGAAUAAACCUGAGAAUGACGAAGAUGAAAAUAUAAACAAAGAAGCCAAAGGCUCGAGAAAUAUUUCUUCCCUUAAUGAAGAUUGUGAGCCUGUAUCUGAUGUGAUAGCAAAUUCCUCUGAGAAUUCCAUGAACAAAAGAGUGUUUUCAGACUCAUCAAACACAGACAGUGUCGUUGCAGCAGAAGAUAGAAAUAAACAUGCUUCCAAACGAGUGAAGUUAGAUGAGGCCGAGGCCCUUAAACCUGGAGAGCCAGGUGUCCAUGGGCCAGAGGCUUCUGAGAGCUCAGGCACAGGAGUGGAUGUCUUGGGAAGCAGGACAGUGCGGGAGGCCCUUCUGAAGGACUGCUCAGAUGGAGAUGCACGUCCGUCUGAUGCCUUCUCCCCUUGCGGCUUUAGCACUAUUGAUACUUUUUCUCUGAAAACUGAUACUGAAAAAAAGUCUACUAGGGACAUGGUUUCCUGUGAUUUAGAAAGAGCAUCUCCUGUCCCUGUGAAGGAAGCUAGUGUUGGUUGUACCGUUGGGUCUGUGGAGACAGUUCUCAAGUGCAGCAUUUGUGGCUCUUUGUUUUCCUCUUGCUCUGAUUUGGAAAAACAUGCGGAAUGUCAUGUGCCACAGUCCAAGGAACAUACCUGCUGCCACUGUGGCCAUGAAGCGGACAGCAGCUCGGCUCUGCACGUGCACACGAGGCAGACACAUGGGCUGCAGAAGGCCUUUGCUUGUGAUCUCUGUGGCUUUCAGUGUGUGGAAGAAAACCUGCUACAUGCACAUUAUCUUGGCAAAACACAUCUCCGGCGUCAGAAUCUGGCUGCUCGUGGCGGAUUCAUACACAUCUUAACAAAACAACCUUUUCCUAAAAAGCCGUGUACAGUGGGAACAAGAAAUGUUCAAGCAAAACCAAGAGUGUCUAAACCAAUAGUAAAGAAAAGCGAUUCAAAAGGAUUACGAAAUGUUGGGAGCAAAUUUCAAGGUCUUAGAGGGAGCAUUUCUAAACAACGUGGUGAUAGCAGUGAGCUUCCUGUUGAAGUGAUGUCAUCCCAGAGUACUUCAUCAGAAAACUCAGAGAUUGUUGGGGAAAAUGUUACUUCCCUGGGUCAAAAGCCCGAACACCAGAACGAAAAGCUCAGCACCUUAGUAAUCUCAGAGGGGCUCUCAGAUAAGAUGGAAAAAAAUACCCUACAGACAGCACACAGUAUCAGUCCAACCUCAAGGCCAAGACCUGAGCGGAAUAUUCUAAUGCUGGGUAAUAGCCUUCGACGACGAAGCAGCACUUUCACCUUGAAGGGCCAGACAAAGAAACGGCUUAACCUUUUAGGAAUGAACAAACGAGGCACAAAUGAAACUCAGAGGAUGUACAUGAAACACUUGAGAGCACAAAUGAAAACAAGCGACUCAGAGUCAAUGUCAAAAAAAAUGGAAAUGAGCAGCAAUGUCCAGAGCUUGUGUGUGACUACCUCAGAAACCCAGGAACCGAUGCAGGACAAGAGAAACUCCCAUCUUCUGGGUUCCACUCAGCUGGACUCCUUGGCAGUGAAGCCCGCGUCUGACCCUCAGCUGCUGUAUACGUGUAUAGAUUGUGGUCAGAUAGCUGCAAAUAGUGUGGAUCUGGAGACCCAUGUGAGGAGGUGCCAUGCACAAGAGACGAAGUUUUACUGCCAGACUUGCGGCAUUUCCACUGUGUCAAGAAAGGACUUAGAUGAACAUUUGCACAGUAACCAGCAUCAGCAAACUGCUUCUGUCCUCAGCUGUCAGUGUUGUUCAUUUAUUUCCUUGAAUGAAACAAAUCUUCGAGAUCACAUGAAGGAAAAGCACAGUAUGGGUUUUCUUUGCACCCCUUGCAAUCUGUUCUUCUUGUCUGAGAAAGACAUGGAAGAACACAGAGCAACUGAAAGGCAUGUUAGUUCAUUGGUUCAGCCAGAGACUUCUCAAUCACUUAACAGUGAUUUGGUUUUACAAACUUUACCUUUAAGUACUUUAGAAUCAGAAAACACAAAAGAUUCUGUGAGUCAGUCAGGCAAAGCAGUUCAGGAAGAACCUAAGUCCAGAGUAAGCCAUGGAAAUGAAGUAAGGCAUUCCAGUAAGCCUCAGUUUCAAUGUAAGAAAUGUUUUUAUAAAACAAGAUCUUCCACUGUUCUCACAAGACACAUAAAGCUUCGGCAUGGCCAAGACUAUCACUUUCUUUGUAAAGCAUGUAAUCUUUAUUCAUUGAGCAAAGAAGGAAUGGAGAAACACAUUAAAAGAAGUAAGCAUCUUGAAAAUGCUAAGAAAAAUAAUAUUGGCUUAAGCUUUGACGAAUGUAUUGAAAGGGUAUGUAUAGGUGCAAAUGACAAAAAAGAAGAAUUUAAUGUUUCUGGAAGUGGAAAGAUUGAAGGCCAUGCAGGUGUACAGGAGCAUUCCUAUCUUGAGAAGAGCAUACUAACUCAUAAGGAACUGUCACAGUCUGGUAGUGUCGUCACCAAAGAUGAUGAAUUAGCUUUGGCCACCACUCCAAAGAGAGGGAGACCUAAAGGCAAUGUCUCACGGACAUGUUCACACUGUGGGCUUUUGGCCUCUAGUAUUACAAAUUUGACCGUUCAUAUCAGACGAAAACACAGUCACCAAUAUAGUUACUUAUGCAAGGUAUGUAAAUACUAUACUGUAACUAAGGGAGAUAUGGAACGUCAUUGUGCCACCAAAAAACAUAAAGGACGGGUCGAAGUAGAAGCAAAUGGAAAACAAAGUUCAGAUAUCGUUGUUGGCCCCGAAGGGGGUAAUCUGGAAGCCUGUAGAAGGAACACCAGUUUAGCAGCAGUCAUUUCAGAUGAACCUACUAACAAGUUGACUGAGUCCGAUCCCUCUGUUAUAGAGAAGCCAGUGGUAGGUCAUGGGAAUCCAGCUGAAGUAGAAGUUGAAAAUGUAUUUCCUUCUAUAGAUGGGGAAGUUAAUAGUCAUCUUACUGCUAAAAAGGAGCAAGUGUCUGUAGAGCCAGAUGACCUUCUCCAAGAGGGAGAUGCAUAUUCCCAGGGAGAUGUUACCAGUUCAGGUGAUAAUAAGUGUGUACACUGUGAGUUUAGUGCUCACUCUCCUGCUUCUCUAGAGCUGCAUGUAAAACGGAGACAUACAAAAGAGUUUGAGUUUUAUUGCAUGGCAUGUGAUUACUAUGCGGUGACUCGUCGGGAGAUGACUAGGCACGCAGCAACAGAGAAGCACAAAACGAAAAGACAGUCUUAUCUCAACCCUUCCAGUGUAGAAGCAGGGUCCUCAGAAAUGGCCAAAAACAUCAUUAUACCCGAAGAGGAACAGCAAGCAAAUUCUGAGGAAUUUCAAAUAAUUGCAGACCAACCAUCUGACAGUCUUCGAUCUAGAAAUGGUACUGGUAGUUCCGUUUUAGACGAGAAUACUAAUUUAGAUAUGUCAAAGGUAUUUUGUGCUUCUGACUCUGUAGAAAUUGAGACGGAAGAAUCGAAUUUUAGCGAAGACCAUUCCUUUUGUGAGACUUUCCAGCAGUCACUUGGCAAGGAAAAAGUUAUGAAACCAGAGGAGAUGGUGCCCCUUACUAUUUCCUCUAAUUAUGGCUCCCCAAAUAAAUUUCAAAAUGGAAAUUUAGGAAGCUCAGCUUCAAAUUGUGAAAUAGCAAAGAAAAACCAUGAGAUGUUGACUGAUGUUGGUAGUCCCCAUCUGCGUUGUGGGAGUGUUGGAGAAAGUACAGGAGGUGGUGGAGGUAAAGUGCUUCACAAACAGCUGUGUCCAGGAGUUCUGGAGGGAGAGCAGUCAGCUGAGAGCACCACACCUGUGGUGAUGAGGAUAGCAAGAGAACAGCUCAACCCAGAUAGCGGUGGACAAAACCAAGUUCCGCAUGCGCACGGUUCAGAGGAUUUGAAAAGUGUGCAAGGAGAUCCCAUUCUAGAGAAUAAGGAACUUUUGAUGAAUUCACAACAUGAAACUAAAAUGAUUUUGGAAGAGGAUGGCCCAGCUUCUGAUAGCACAGUUGAAAGUAGCGAUGUUUAUGAAACUAUAAUCAGUAUUGAUGAUAAAGGGCAGGCCAUGUAUAGUUUUGGCCGGUUUGAUUCUUCCAUCAUUAGAAUCAAGAACUCUGAAGAUGGUGAAUUGAUGGACCAGUCUGAAGAGGGUCUGUUGGCAAUGGGAGUGAGAAUCAGUGAGUUGCCCUUGAAGGACUGUACUCAAGGCUUGAAAAAGAAGAAAGCUGAAGGCACUUCCUUUGGUGAAUCUACACGUAUUCGUUGUGAUGACUGUGGCUUCUUAGCAGAUGGACUGAGUGGACUGAAUGUUCACAUAGCCAUGAAGCAUCCUACAAAAGAGAAACACUUUCACUGUUUACUGUGUGGAAAAUCAUUCUAUACAGAAAGCAACCUUCAUCAGCAUUUGGCAAGUGCUGGUCAUAUGAGAAAUGAACAGGCCAGUGUGGAAGAGCUUCCAGAAGGGGGGGCCACCUUCAAAUGUGUCAAGUGCACAGAGCCGUUUGAUUCAGAACAGAAUUUAUUUCUACAUAUUAAAGGACAGCAUGAGGAAUUGCUGCGGGAGGUGAAUAAGUAUAUAGUGGAAGACACUGAGCAAAUCAACCGUGAGAGAGAGGAGAACCAGGGCAACGUUUGCAAGUAUUGUGGGAAGAUGUGUCGAAGUAGCAAUUCCAUGGCAUUUCUGGCACACAUUCGCACUCAUACAGGAUCAAAACCAUUCAAGUGCAAGAUAUGCCAUUUUGCAACAGCUCAGCUUGGAGAUGCCAGAAACCAUGUGAAAAGGCACCUUGGGAUGAGGGAAUACAAGUGUCAUGUCUGUGGGGUUGCUUUUGUAAUGAAGAAGCACCUAAAUACUCAUCUGCUGGGCAAGCAUGGAGUCGGCACCCCAAAAGAAAGGAGAUUCACGUGCCACCUGUGCGACAGGAGCUUCACGGAGAAGUGGGCCCUGAACAACCACAUGAAACUGCACACGGGAGAAAAGCCGUUCAAGUGCUCCUGGCCCACGUGCCACUACUCGUUCCUCACGGCCUCGGCGAUGAAGGACCACUACCGGACACACACAGGCGAGAAGUCGUUUCUGUGUGACCUCUGCGGCUUUGCCGGUGGGACCCGGCACGCCCUCACCAAGCACCGCCGACAGCACACAGGAGAGAAACCUUUCAAGUGUGACGAGUGUAACUUUGCCUCCACCACACAGUCCCAUCUGACUCGACACAAGCGCGUGCACACUGGAGAAAAGCCCUACCGAUGCCCCUGGUGUGACUACAGGUCAAACUGUGCCGAGAAUAUCCGCAAGCACAUCCUACACACUGGCAAGCAUGAGGGAGUCAAGAUGUACAACUGCCCCAAGUGCGACUACGGCACCAACGUUCCCGUGGAGUUCCGGAACCACCUGAAAGAGCAACACCCUGAUAUAGAAAACCCUGACCUCGCCUACCUGCAUGCCGGCAUUGUUUCCAAGUCCUACGAGUGCCGUCUGAAGGGACAAGGUGCCACCUUCGUGGAGACCGACAGCCCCUUCACUGCCGCUGCCCUGGCGGAAGAGGCCCCAGCUCAGGAGAAGGCCCCACGGAGUGGCCCACGACAAGCCCGGUCCCCCGGGCAGACGCAGCAGGUCUUCAUCAUCCAGGGCUACGGAGGGGACUUCGCUCUGGAUGCCUCGCUGGAGGAGACAGCGGCUGCCACGCUGCAGACACUGGCCAUGGCGGGCCAGCUGGCCGGGGUGGUGCACAUCACCGAGGAUGGGCAGGUCAUCGCCACAGGGCAGGGCGCGGGGCACGUGGGCAGCGUGGUGCCCGGGUCCCUCCUCCCCGAGCAGCUGGCUGAUGGAGCCACCCAGGUGGUCGUGGUGGGAGGCUCAGGGGAAGGUCCCAGCCCAGAAGAGCCCCUCGGUCCCGGGGGGACUGUGAUUCAGCAAGUGAAGCAGGAACUCUUGGGUCUUUCUGAGGCUGGAGGUUCGGCCCCUGACACCACCUCCGCCCUAGACGCCUUGCUGUGUGCGGUCACCGAGCUGGGGGAGGCGGAGGGCAGGCCCGGGCGUGAGGAGCGGGGCAGGCCAGGCCGCAAGGACGUGCUGAUCCAGCUGCCGCGGCCAGAGGCGGCCCCCGCUGUCAGCAGCCCCGAGGCGGCGGAGAUGCAGGUGUUCCCGGAUGCUGCAGAGAGCCCUGCUGCUGUGGGGGUGCUCAGCCAGGUGGUACACCCCUCAGCCAUCGUGGCGUCUCAGGAGCAGGCGCAGGUGGCCUUCAAGAAAAUGGUGCAGGGAGUCCUGCAGCUGGCGGUGUGCGACUCGGCGGCGGGCCAGCUGCUCAAGGACGGCGUCACCCAGGUCAUCGUGAACGAGGAGGGCGCCGUGCACAUGGUGGCCGGGGAGGGCUCGCAGGUCAUCAUGCAGGAGGCUGAGGCACAUGGCCUGCGGGUGCAGGGCGACGUGGACCUGGUGGAGGCUGACGGCGAGAUCUCCCAGAUCAUUGUGACUGAGGAGCUGGUCCAGGCCAUGGUGCGGGGCUCCGCUGGCGGCUUCCCUGAGGGCGCGACUCACUACAUCGUGACGGAGCUGCCGCCGGGGGUGCAGGGCGACACAGGCCUGUACUCCCACACUGUCAUCGAGGCGGCCAGCUCCCAGGAGCUCCUGCAGGGGCCUGCCCUCAGCGCCGAGGUCACGGCCCCAGAUGGGGCGGAGCCUCUGACCAGCAUGGUCAUUUACACCCAGGACGGCUCCCCAGCAGCGGUGAUUCAGAGCCAAAGAGAAAGCCAUGAACUCCGAGAAGCAUGAGGCUUGGCCUCCACGCCUGGCCAGGGUGGCCAGGGAGACCCAGCGCACAGGCCCGGCGUUCCCAGCACUUCCUUCGCAAGCCCACGGCGCCGGCCCCGGACACGGUGAGUCCAGGCACCUGGGCGAGGUGAGGCUCUGGGCCUGGCAGGGCCGGUGGUGGAGCUGGAGGCCGUCGUCCCCUGCUCGGUUCUCUUCAUCUGCUGUGCCAGGAAGCCCAGCUUUGUUUCUUUCUUCUGCAGUGUUUUCCCAUUUCAGCCAUCAGGACCGGGUCGUCCUGGUGAAGAUGUAAGAACACACACUCGGGUCGGGCUGGGGAAGGGCCAGCUCUUGCAGUGCAAGGUGUAGCUGUUUCCACACUUCGCGUAUUUGCUGAGGUUGCAGCUGCGUUACUGCUGCCUUGCCACAGCCCACUCCCACUGAUUCGUUGUUGCUGGUUUUUAACUGUAAGGAAACCGCCCCCAUGCCAAAGGAAGCCUGUCCGUUCCUUUCGUGUGAACAUGGCCCUCCUCACCCCCGUCAGGUGUGCUCAGCACCAGGCUGCGGUCUCAUACAGGGAAUCUUCCCAAGCCCGCAGUUAAGAAAAGCCUUGAAGUUUCCAUUCAGUUCAAACAUACCUUGGUUAAGACAACUCGAUGCUUCGCUUUUUGACUUUGUUUCAUACAGUGAAGUCCAUGUAUGAAGUGUGCACCUGGAAGAUACUGCUCGUAUCGAUAUUUUGCUUUUAUAACAGAUGUUUGUUCAGAUUGAUAGCAUUUUGCAGGAUUUACCUGUGAUUUAUGUCAAUGUGAAGAAGCUGACAUUAAAUAUUAACAAACAGAAGCCGCGCCCCUACAGCCUCGCCUUGGCCAGCAUCUCUGUUCCUCUGUUCCCUGUGGACUCACUGCAACUGUCGAAUGCAAGUUUAUGUCCCAAUUAUUUGUUUCUCGAUACAAUUGCUCCUCUUUCCAAAAUUGUAACAUAAUCCCCUCCCUCAGUCGCAAAGGUUGUUUUUGUUCAGUUUGUUUUCCUGGAAAUAAAAUUACAGCAUUAAAA